AGAGUUAAUCCAGCACGUGUUUUCAGACGUGAUGACGUGUCAUGGGAAGUGACCAAUGGGCGUGCAGUGAUCUGGUGAAACGCUGUGUUUUCGCGUGAUUAAUCUCGCGUUCACGCAGCGCGCGCGACCCUGCGGGACACACCGGAGCUAUGGAAGGCGACGCCCCCCCGGCUCUGUCCAGGCUGUGUGUGGAGUGUGUGUGCGGUAACCUGCCGGUUCUGUGCAGGGUGUGCGGUGAGGACGGUUCUCUGAGGUUCUGCUGGUGUCCGGUUCUUCCUCAGGAACUCUCGGACCUCCUCAUAAACACCAUGGCUCAGCAGGGUGUGCUGGAUGACCGGACGGUGGGUGUGUUCCGCAGUACGGAGUGUUUGCGUCUGAAGCGAGUGUGCAUUCGGUCCUGCCGUCUCUCCGCCCACAGUUUCAGCCAGGCUCUCUGCUCCCACCGCCUGCAGGAGCUGAACAUGUCCCACCUCCAGGGUGACAUCACCGUCUCAGACGUCCUGCAGGGCAUCUUGUCCAAUCAGCACUGCAGACAGAGCCUCCAGCGCCUGGCUUUAACUGGCCUGGAUCUCCUCAGCUCCAGCUCGGACGGACGGCUGAGGUUCAGCUCUCUGCGGGCUCUCCGGACCCUGGGUCUCGCCUGGACGCGAUUGGACGACGCCAUGCUGGAGGACAUCUGCUCACUCCCCCUGCUGGACAGUCUGGAUAUAUCCGGCACCGCCGUUACUGACCUGACCCCCCUACUGAACCUCCAAUCACACCUGAGGUCCCUCACUGCCCACGGCCUGCACCACCUGGACAUGUCCACCACCAGCCUGCUGUCCAUCCUGUCCAAACUGGACCAGCUCAGGCAUCUGGAUAUCUCCAAUGACCGACUGGACACGGACAGCGAAUGCCCUGCCUCGGUGGUUGAGCUGCUGGAGCGUCUGGAGGUUCUGCCGGUUCUGGAGUCUCUGGACGUGUCCGGCUGGUCUGGGAUCAGUGAUGGGGUGCUGGAGGUGUUUGUGGAGGCUCGGCGGGGGAUGAGGUUUCUGGGUCUGUUGGCCACCGGAGCUGGAGCCUCCGACUUCCUGUCUGGAGAAGGAAAUCUGAAGGUAGCUGGAGAGUAUAAUAUAACUCAGUGUAACGAGGCUCUGAGGAGGUACAGGGAGAGGGAGGUCCUCCUGCAGAGGGCGCUGCUCCACCUCCACAACCUCACCAACCAGCAGGACAUCGGACCUCAACCCCACACUCUACAGCUGGUGUGUGCUGGAAUGCAGACACACUCCGAGUCGGCCGGGGUGCAGCUGGUGGCCACAGCCUGCGUGUUCAACCUGACCAAUCUGGAGCUGGCGAUGGGCGUGCCUAACAGACUGCUGGGAAAUGUAGUCCAGCAGCUGAUCUCCACCAUGAGGAGCUUUCCCAACCACCAACAGAUCCAGAAGAACUGUCUGCUGUGUCUGUGCAGUGACCAUAUUCUCCAGACUGUCCCCUUCAACAGGUAUGAAGCAGUUAAGCAGGUGAUGAGCUGUUUGAGUCUGUAUGAAGAUCAGACGUUACAGAGGAUGUCCGUGGCAGUCGUCUCCUUACUGGUGUCCAAGCUGAGUGUGGAGGAGGUUGGGCAGCUGGGGGCAGAAGAGUUCAUCAUUAAGCAGUUGCUGAGUAUCGUCCAGCAGAGGGCGUCGGUGGGGGCGGUGGACCCCACGCUGAAGUUCGCUCUGAGCGCCCUGUGGAACCUCACCGACCAAACGCCCAGCGGCUGCAGCAUGUUCCUCCAUAACCACGGCCUGGAGCUGUACUCAGAACUGCUGGAGACAUACUACUUUGACUCCAGCAUCCAGCAGAAGGUUCUCGGUCUUCUGAAUAACGUGGCGGAGGUGGAGGAGCUGCGGGAGCAGCUGAUGGAGGAGGAUCUGUUGGAGUAUAUCCUGGCUCUGCUGCAGGGUCCGCAGGUGGAGGUGGGGGUCAGUUACUUCGCUGGAGGAGUUCUGGCUCACCUGACCUCCAGAACCGGACCGGAGUGGACCCUGGACCCCCAGCUCCACCACACCAUCCUCAACAGACUGCACUCCUCUGUGAUGUCAUGGACUCCUCCGGAUCAGGAGAUGGUGUCGUAUGUGUCGUUUCAGCCUUUCUAUCCUCUACUCGAUCACUCACAACCUUCAGGAGUUCAGCUCUGGGCUCUGUGGGGCAUCCAGCUCGUCAUCCGACAGAACGUGUCUCAGUACAGUGCUCUGCUGGAGGAGGAGGGGGGUUUAGAUAAGCUGAGAGAGUUGACCUCUGACCCCGACGUUCACACAGACGUUCACACACUCGCCCUGAACACACUCCACCUGCUGGACACGCCGCACAACUGCAGAGCUGAGGAUCCUCGGUGUGUGUGAGGGGCUGCAGUAUCUGCAGCUGAUUGGUUCGGUUCAGUUUUUCUGGUCUGCUGGUCCAGAUGUUCUAAAGUUCUGAUCACAGAUCCAAUCAAUGCUUCAAUCUGAUCAAUACCAUCUGAUCAAUACCAUCUGAUCAAUACCACUGUGGAGUUUUGUGAUGAUCAGAUUACUUUCAGAACAAAUGCUUAGUACAGAACAGCCAAUCAGGAACUAGCUUAUUUACAUAUUAUUUACAGUCUUAAAGGUACAGUGUAUUUUUGCAAUCCUGUGUUUAUUGAAUGUGUAUAGGAAUAUAUUUAUAAGUAAAAUAUUUUGCAUGUAAAAGGCAUAUUUUAAUAAAUGUACUUCAGGAAUUGCUAUUGAAGUGAAACACUGUGAACAAUAUUCAGUACUGUUAAUAUUACUGUUACUAUUAUUGAAUUAAAUAUUUCAUUAUUAAUAUAUUA